ACAUUGGUAAUAGCAUCGUGCUACACUACCUUCAAAAUACUUUUACACCUUCGGUCGCGCAUCGGAUUCCGUCGCGUGACGUGGAAACAGAGAUCCGCCAUGCCCCCAAAGCGUAAACUUCGCUCUCAAACAAAAACCAGCGACAUAGCGCCCAAUGCUGCCUCCGCAAUCGCAUAUACAGACUCUGGCGGUGCAGCACCAAACAAACGAUCAAAGCUCUCGAAACCCAUAGCGAAAUUCGAGAAGGAGGCGUCGCCAACAAUAUCCACGAUUGCUCCUGCCGCCUCUGCUACCAAUGGAGGCCCCGAAUCCCCCGUUUUUGACCACUCUCGCCCUGAGGAGAAGGCUGGUAUCGUGAAUCGACGCUUCUAUCCCGCAGAGAUGAGCAAUGAGCGGUGCGCCAUGUACAACGACAACAGCAUCCCUCGUCCAAUCGAAGUCCUCAACGAAACACUUUCGUCCACGAAAACUGCGCGCGCUGCGAUCCGCGAUGAACCAGACGAGACAGGUGUGGUGGUUCACUGGUUUAAGCGUGAUCUACGCAUCCGAGACAAUACGUCGCUGAGUCGCGCCAGCACGUUGGCAAAGCAAAAAGGAGGCGGUGUCGUCGCACUCUGGAUCAUGAGUCCUGAAGAUUGGGAGGCACAUCUGGUAAGCCCUGCGAAGUGCGACUUCGAGGUGCGGUCUGUAGAAAGUUUGAAGGAAGAAUUGAUGCGCGAUUUCGGUAUCCCGUUGCACACGGUUGAAGUCCCACGUCGAAAGGACGUCGUAGGGAGAGUGUUGGGGCUAGCGAGGGAAUGGGGAUCACGCAACGUAUUCUGCAAUCUGGAAUACGAAGUCGACGAAUUGCGGCGCGAGGAGAAGUUAGUCAGGCGAGGUGUAGAACAGGGCAUCAAUGUUGAAGUCUUCCACGACGACUGCGUCGUCCCACCCGGCGCCCUCGCAACCGGAGCAGGAAAACAAUACGCAGUAUACUCGCCCUGGUUCCGCUCUUGGAUCCAAUACCUCCACACCAACCCACACAUCCUCGACGAACGCCCCCUCCCAUCCCCCAACCCAGACCCCUUCACCAAAUCCUUCUCGCACCUCCAAGAGCCCCCAACCCCCCAACCUCCUCCCUCAAAACGCCUCUCCUCAGAGUCAGAAACUCGCAUGCACAAGCUCUGGCCCGCAGGCGAAUCCUCAGCACACACCCGCCUAACCCACUUCCUCUCCACCAAAAUCGGCCGCUACGCAACAACCCGCAACUUCCCGUCCCUCUCCAGCACCGCGUGCGUCAGCGUCCACCACGCCGCCGGCACCCUCGCAGCACGUACCUCGGUCCGCUCCGCCCGCGCCAUCAACUCGACCAAGAAACUCGACGCAGGUCUCGAAGGCGUGAAAUCCUGGAUCUCAGAAGUCGCGUGGCGCGACUUCUACCGCCACGUCCUAGUCCACUGGCCGUACGUCUGCAUGCACAAACCCUUCAAAUACGAAUACACAAACAUCGAGUGGGAGUACAACGAUUCGCACUUUGAGGCCUGGAAAGCGGGCCGCACGGGCUAUCCCAUCGUCGACGCCGGAAUGCGAUGCUUGAAAGAGACGGGGUACUUGCAUAACCGCCUCCGCAUGAUCACCGCUUCCUUCCUCUCCAAACACCUCCUUCUCGAUUGGCGUCUCGGCGAGCAGUACUUCAUGAGCCAGCUCGUCGACGGCGAUUUCGCGUCUAAUAACGGUGGGUGGGGGUUUUCGGCGUCUACGGGCGUCGAUCCGCAGCCGUAUUUUCGCGUUUUUAAUCCGUGGUUGCAGGCUGAACGGUUUGAUGAGGAGGGGGAGUUUAUUAGGGAGUGGGUGGAGGAGUUGAGGGGCGUGAAGGGCAGUGCGGUUAGGAAUCCGUUUGAGGCUGGUGGGGAGGCGGCGAGAGAGGCGGAAAAGAAAGGGUAUGCGAGGGAGAUUGUGGUACAUCGGGUUGCGAGGGAGAAGUGCUUGGAGAGAUAUAAGAGCGGGAUUGGACGGGGGACUGCGUGA